AUGGUUUCUUCCACAGAUUCUGGCGCAGCGCGCUCCUUUCCCACUAUCAAACACGUGCGAACUUUCGUUACCCAAGGCCCCGGCAGCGGCGGAGACUAUCACAAUGUUGCUGGUGGCCACUGGCUCAUUGAUAGCAAAAUCUCGACUCCCAUGAGCCAGUAUGAAGAUUACCGCAAGUCAAGAACCAGCUGGGGCAUUAAUGUCUUGGGAUCCUUCUGUGUUGAACUCGAGGCCAGUGACGGUACCAAGGGUUUUGCUACUGGAUUCGGAGGUCCGCCAGCAUGCUGGCUAGUUGCUGAGCAUUUCGAGCGCUUCCUGAUUGGCCAAGAUCCUAGAGAUACCAACCACAUGUUCGAGCAGAUGUACCGUGCGUCCAUGUUUUAUGGUCGCAAAGGUCUCCCGGUUGCCGUCAUCUCAGUGAUCGAUCUUGCUAUUUGGGAUCUGCUCGGCCACAUUCGCAAUGAGCCCGUAUACAAGAUGCUCGGCGGAGCUACCCGGGAGAGGCUCAACUUCUACUGCACUGGUCCUGAGCCUGCAGCAGCAAAGGAGAUGGGUUUCUUUGGCGCCAAGGUACCCCUGCCUUACGGCCCUGGUGAGGGUGUUGAGGGUCUCAAGAAGAACGUCGAGUUCCUCACCAAGCACCGUGAAAGCGUCGGACCAGAUUUCCCUCUCAUGGUUGACUGCUACAUGAGCUUGAACGUACCCUACACAAUCGAAGUCGUAAAGGCCACCGAACACCUUAACUUGAACUGGUGGGAGGAGUGCUUGUCACCCGAUGAUUCGGAUGGUUUCGAGCAGAUCAAACGCGCUCACCCUCGCAUGAAGUUUACCACAGGCGAGCACGAGUACUCGCGAUACGGCUUUAGGAAGCUCAUCGAGGGCCGCAACCUGGACAUCCUCCAGCCCGAUGUCAUGUGGGUUGGAGGUAUGACUGAGCUCAUCAAGAUCUCGGCCAUGGCCGCUGCCUACGACAUUCCUGUUGUGCCCCACGCCAGUGGACCAUACUCGUACCAUUUCGUUGUUUCUCAGGCCAACUCGCCGUUCCAAGAGUACCUCGCAAACUCACCAGACGGCAAGUCUGUUCUGCCCGUCUUCGGCAACCUAUUCACCAACGAGCCCAUCCCCACCAAGGGAUACCUCGACGUCAAGACCCUUGAUCUCCCAGGUUUUGGCCUCAAGCUGAACCCCAACGCCGGCUUGAUCGAUGCCACUCGCAUACUAAACCCAGCGCCUCAAAAAGCGCUAAAGCCUGCUGAGCCUGAGAAGGCGGAGGUCAAUGGACACGCGUAA